AGAUUCAGUAUUUAUAUUUGGAGCAAAACAAGAAAAACAACGCGCUUUUGUGAUAGUCAAAAUCAAUACAUUGUCGCGACUUUUAUCUGUCUUCGUGAAUCAUACUCUUAAUAAAUAGAUCAGCGACAAAAAAAAUCUUGGUGAAUACGGCUAUGAAACAGAUGAUAUACGAGUGAAAGUUGUUGCAAAUAGUCGAAUAUCUCUUGGUCCAUAGUCAUGAGUGAACCAAAUUAUUUCCAAUUUCAACCGUUUAGUUCGUUUGUGAGUCCAACAUUUUGGCAUAAAUUGGCCGAGUUAAAAAUCGAUGUAGAUCGCUUGAACGAUGCACGUAAAUCAAUUAAUGCAUUUUAUACAAAUUCCGACGUAACACACUGUUUACUCGAAACAGAUGCUACGUCGUUCAAUAGUGAAUUUGCAUCACGUCCGAAUAUUUAUCAGUGUCAUGGGGCAAUUGUCAACAAAAACAAAAUUGAAGAUUUCAAAUCGUGUGAUAAGCUUGCAUUGAUUGGCGACGAAGGUCGAUUAAUUUGGAAUGAUAUUACAAGUGGCGCAUGUUUGGAGAAGCCAAGUCUUUUGUCCAGAUUCUUCAUCUUCUCAUUUGGCGAUUUAAAAGCAUUCAAUUAUUAUUACUACUUCGCUUAUCCGUGUCCGUCGACUCCGAUUUUUGAGAAAAUCGAUGAGCCCAAACCCAUCACCAAUGUGUUCAGUUCAGCAUCUCUGCAGGCCUUGUCCAAACUAUAUUUCUCGUUGUCCAGUGAGGAGCGUUCAUUUUUCAUUGUCACACACAAUGACGCCGAUCAGUUCAAUUAUCUUAGACUCUCUGAGAAAAUUAGCGCCGAUAAAAAAGAUGACAACUUCAUCGAUGCAAAUUUGGAUGAAAUCUAUUUUUGUUUCUCGGAUCCGUGUCCAAUGGCUGAAUAUGGCGGAUGGCCACUCCGAUUAUUUCUACUUAUGCUGACGCAUUUAUGUCCGAAUUUAAGAGAAAAAACGAUAAAAAUACUUUCGUUACGCGUUAAGAAGUCGGUGUCGAUCGAAAUAAACAGUAUGUUGUUUACAGUCAAAUUGCCGGCAAAUGACGUUGACAUUGACAAUGUUAAAUGGAUUGGCUGGGAGCCAAAUGAACAAGGAAAAUAUUUACCAAGAUGUGCGUCACUUGCAUCUAGUAUGGAUCCACACAAAUUGGCAGAAAGCGGCGUUUACUUGAACCUCAAGCUGAUGAAAUGGCGCCUUUUGCCAACCCUUGAUUUGAAUCGAAUUUCCAAAGUAAAAUGUUUACUCUUUGGCGCUGGCACUCUCGGUUGCUCCGUGGCACGAAACUUGAUGGCUUGGGGAAUUCAGCAUAUUACAUUUCUCGAUAGUGGGCAUGUUUCGUUUUCGAAUCCCGUGCGACAGAGUCUAUUCACGUAUAAAGAUGCCGAAGGCAAGAAGGAAAAGGCCAAAACAGCAGCGUUUCGUGUGAAUGAAAUUCAUCCAGGCAUAGUUGCAAAGGGUCAUAAUGUACAUAUACCGAUGCCAGGCUACCCCAUAGGUGAAUCGCUUAAAAAACAAACAACUGAAGCACUGAAAACCAUCGAAGAGCUCGUCGAAAGUCAUGAUGUUAUCUUUAUGUUGACUGAUUCGCGCGAGAGCCGGUGGUUACCAACGAUGUUGGCGGCAACACACGACAAGAUUGUCAUAAAUGCAGCAUUGGGUUUUGAUAGUUAUUUGGUUAUGCGGCAUGGAUGUAAUCCAUUGGAAAAUGUUAACACAGCAGAACAAUCGACUAGUUCAAUUAUCGAUGGGCUUAAAUGUAUACCGGGGGAUAAACUUGGUUGUUACUUUUGUAAUGAUAUCACUGCUCCGGGUGAUUCAAUGAAAGAUCGUACACUUGACCAGCAAUGUACCGUAACACGACCGGCUGUUUCAAAUAUUGCAGGCGGUUUAGCUGCUGAACUAUUGAUUUCAAUGAUUCAACAUCCGCAAAGGUCAAUGUGCCCGGCAUACAUUUCCAUCAAUAAUCAUGACGUUCAUUUGCAAAUGAAAUCAAUACCAGAAGGUUUACUAGGCAUCAUUCCGCAUUCAAUUCGUGGUUCACUCAGCAAUUUCGAAAACAUUCUUCCAGCCACCGAACGUUUUUCACAAUGUGUUGCAUGCUCAAAGAAAAUUAUCGACGAAUACCGUGCGAGAGGACAUGAAUUCCUAUUCGAAGUUUUCGAAUCGUCGAAAUGUCUCGAAGAAUUGUCCGGAAUAUCCGAGAUACUUAACGCUCAACACGAAGAAGUUUUGGAAUUCGACGAAGGAUCAGACUUUGAUACGUCGGAUUGAACCCAAGAGUCUACCAGGUCAACACAAAUUAUAUAAAUAAAUGUUUUCCGAUUUAACACAAUCAUUUUC